CCGAGAUAUUUUGUUUCACAAGGGAGAUAUUUGAAACUGAAUUGUCUCACUGAAAGAGUAGGGAGAAUCGUAACUUGAAUUGGAGGAAUCAGUUCCUCUGCAAAGGGAAGUGAGCUCUAGCCUGUACCAGGGCUUCCCGAAGGGUGUCGUGUGGUCUACUCCGAGGAGGAUAGAGUGGACGACGUGUACGUGGAGAUCCCCGUGGAUGACCUCCAGAGCUGUGAUUAUGUAUCCGCAUGGAAGACCCCAGGCUCCUUUGGUGCCAGGGCAGCAUAUGAAAUUCACUGUUCUUGAGACACUGGAUCACAUCAAAGAGGAGUUCCAGCUUUUCCAGGCUCAGUAUCACAGUUUGAAACUUGAGUGUGAAAAACUGGCCAGUGAAAAGACAGAGAUGCACAGACAUUACAUCAUGUACUAUGAAAUGUCAUAUGGACUGAAUAUAGAGAUGCAGAAACAGGCGGAGAUAGUGAAACGCCUCAGUGCUAUAUGCACUCAGAUCAUACCACUGCUGUCCCAAGAGCAUCAGCACCAAGUGGCUCAGGCAGUAGAGAGAUCUAAGCAUGUGAGCAUGGCUGAACUGAAUGCAAUUAUUGGGCAGCAACAGCUCCAGCAUCUGUCCCAUCAUGCACCAGGGUUUCCCCUGACUCCUCACCCCUCAGGCCUGUCUCUGGGGGCCGGCGGGGGCCUCAUGGGCCUUCCUGGGGCGUUCCCGUUCCCCGGGCCCCUACCACCCAAAGAUGACAUCACUCACCCAGACCCCAUCGAUCUGAGAGAUGGCGUUCCCAGUCGGAGUCGAUCAGGUUCACCUUUACGCAGUCAGGCCAUUGGACAGAGACUCAGCCCAGCUCACAGUGAACCAGAGAACAAGAGGACGAGCACCGACGACAAAACCAAGGACGCUGAGACGAAGAAGAGUGAAGACACCGCAAAGGUGGACAUGUUAAAAGAGAAGAGUCCGUCUCCUGCUGGGGUCUCCCCCAAAUCUGCAGAUGGGAAUGGGUUGGACAGUUCCACAGCCUUGAGAAAGAACCCCCCCAGAGAGAGCACCUCAUCCAACUCUGCCCCCUCGCGCUCCCCCACACCCACUAACGGCAGGAGUCCCGGGCAGUGCAGAGAGGCCGGUUGGGAGGCAGCUGCUGCCCCGCCCCUCCCUGUAUCGCACUGGGUCCUGGAUGACCUGUGCCUUGUCAGAUACCGUAUACCCGCUCUCUGA